GACUCAUCGUGUGGUAAUUGGAUCCAGGUGGGACAUCCAGCCGUCCAGCAGCAAGCUAUGCCUAUAGGAUCAGAUAGUAGAGUCCAGGAUGUGCCUGUGCAUCAGUCAGAUGUAGCAGACCAACACCGGAGCAUGCUCCAAAAUGCAUUACCGCCCCCUUCACCUGCUACAUCUGACUCUGCUCUCCAAGCUUCAUUUUUGAUGCACAGGCACAUCCUGGACUCUACUAUCUGAUCCUAUAGGCAUAGCUUGCUGCUGGAUGGCUGGAUGUCCCACCUGGAUCCAAUUACCACACG